GAUGAGUUCUUAUUGCAGGCAAGGACACUUCUAGGGUUGGAGUUGCCUGAUAGUAGCACAGGUUGCUUUGGAAGAUGGGACCUUCUGGGCAGGUAUGGACUUGAGGGGAUUUAACCACGGGAUUGUGUGUAGGACUGAGUGAUGUCUAAAGCUUGUUGUAAAUGUGAGAUUCUGUAAUUCUGUUUCUCUAGCAUGUGUCCAGAGGGAAGACAUAUGAAAAGUUAAUUGGAACUGCAGAUUAUCCUGGAAAGCCUUUGUUAGCAACAGUCAUGAACUAGGUUUUGUGUCAGCCCUGAGAGCAGAAAGGUUUUCCCCCAUUUUCUGGAGUCAGCAUCAACAGUGCUCAUCCUGAGAAACAGUUCCAGUAAGUCUGGACUUCAGUUCAUCUUCCAGAUUUAGGCUGAGCUCCAGGAAGGAAUGGUGAGGAAGAGAAACUGUUCUAGUAUUUUCAAUGCUUAGAAAACUAGUGUGAGAAGUUUUAAAAUAAGUCAAUUCAUUGGCAUCCAAGUUACAAAUAAAUUUACUUAAGGGCCAGAAAAUAAUGUGACUCAUUAAAUAUAUUACCUUAAAUAAUUUUAAUUGGUCUCCACACACCUUUUAUAUUUGCUACUACAUUCUUGAGGUCCCAUACACUAUUACUGAUCUGAAUUUUGUUCCAUUUCUAUUUAUGACAAUUAAAGAAGGUAUUAAUUUUGUCCAAUAAGCUUAGAAUUUCUCAGUGUCAGAAAUUACAAAAUGACAGGCCAUAGGCAAAAUCUGACACAAGAACGUGCUUUGUUUGGCUGUACAGUAUUUUGUUUUGUUUUAAUUUAAUUAGUUGCUGUUAUUUAACAUUUUGGAGACUUUACCCAAAAAUUCAGAUUUCUGAUUUCUCUCUCAAAAAGCAAAAAUAUCAGAUUUGGCAUAACAGCAUCAUACUUCCUACACAGCAGUCAUUAUCGGUAGCUUGGUGGCUGGGUGAAGCACGUGCCCCCCACAUAACCACAGUCAUUAUUACCGUCUCUUGUUGCUUAACACCCUGCCUACAUCUCUCAUGUGGGGGGCCUGUCUGGCCUGUGGGAACCUUGGCGUUUGUGACCCUUGCUCUGUGUGGAAGGCUCACUGGCAGGUUUUAAGUCUGUAAGUAGUUAUUGUUUCAACCCUCUGGGGACUGCUGAACAGUGUAAAGUGUUUCAUUGGAUUUGGGCAGAGUGUUGUGCCUGCAGGAUAAUCCUGGCCAGGCGACUCUGUAACCAAAGGGAAGAAGAAAAAAUGUAUUCAUCCUGUACUGCGCUGUUGGCAUUCAGGAGUGCCCUAGUCUAGAAGAUGGGGCCUGAAGUGCCCUGCAGACUGCUCGCUUGCCUCCGCUCAUGUUUACUUGGCACCUGUGCGUGGGGAAGCGUCCAAUGGAGUGGCAGAGGCUCAAUGCCAUCCAUUCAGACAGCUUUCUGAAUGCCGGCAGCCAAGAGAACAUCAGCUGUGCCUAAAUUCGAGCUCAACUGGUAGAACAACAAAAAUGCCUGGAGCAGCAAACGGAGAUGCGAGUUCAGCUUCUUCAGGACCUGCAAGAUUUCUUCCGAAAAAAAGCUGAAAUUGAGACGGAAUAUUCCCGGAAUCUAGAGAAGUUAGCAGAAAGGUUCAUGGCAAAAACAAGAAGUACUAAGGAUCAUCAACAAUACAAGAAAGACCAGAACCUGUUGUCUCCCGUGAACUGCUGGUAUUUGCUCCUGAACCAAGUAAGGAGAGAAAGCAAAGACCACGCAACCUUGAGUGACAUCUAUCUGAACAACGUGAUUAUGCGGUUCAUGCAGAUAAGUGAGGAUUCUACCAGGAUGUUUAAAAAGAGCAAAGAGAUUGCAUUCCAACUUCAUGAGGAUUUAAUGAAGGUUCUUAAUGAGCUUUAUACGGUGAUGAAAACAUACCAUAUGUAUCAUGCAGAGAGCAUCAGUGCAGAGAGUAAGCUGAAAGAGGCUGAAAAACAAGAGGAAAAGCAAAUUGGAAGAUCUGGUGAUCCAGUGUUCCAUAUUCGACUAGAGGAGAGACAUCAACGGCGAAGCUCUGUAAAGAAAAUUGAAAAAAUGAAAGAAAAAAGACAAGCAAAAUAUUCGGAAAAUAAGCUAAAAUCAAUUAAGGCACGGAAUGAAUAUCUCCUAACACUUGAAGCCACCAAUGCCUCAGUUUUCAAGUAUUAUAUACAUGAUCUUUCCGAUUUAAUUGAUUGCUGUGAUCUUGGCUACCAUGCAAGUCUGAACAGAGCCCUAAGAACAUAUCUCUCUGCCGAGUACAACCUUGAAACCUCCAGACAUGAAGGUUUAGACAUUAUCGAGAAUGCAGUUGAUAAUUUAGAGCCCAGGAGCGAUAAGCAGAGAUUCAUGGAGAUGUACCCUGCUGCAUUCUGUCCACCAAUGAAGUUUGAAUUUCAGUCUCACAUGGGUGAUGAGGUAUGCCAGGUCAGUGCCCAGCAGCCAGUCCAGGCAGAGCUCAUGCUCAGGUACCAACAGUUGCAGUCCCGCCUCGCCACGCUCAAAAUCGAGAAUGAAGAGGUUAAGAAAACGACUGAAGCCACCUUGCAGACAAUACAAGAUAUGGUCACCAUCGAGGACUAUGAUGUUUCUGAAUGCUUCCAGCAUAGUCGUUCCACAGAAUCUGUGAAGUCCACUGUCUCUGAAACCUACCUGAGUAAGCCCAGCAUCGCCAAGCGAAGAGCCAACCAGCAGGAAACUGAACAGUUCUACUUCAUGAAACUCAGAGAAUAUUUGGAAGGCAGUAAUCUCAUCACAAAACUUCAAGCCAAACAUGACUUGCUGCAGAGGACCCUUGGAGAAGGUCAUAGAGCUGAGUAUAUGACUACAAGGCCUCCAAAUGUUCCCCCUAAGCCCCAGAAACACAGGAAGUCCAGGCCCCGCUCACAGUAUAAUACUAAGUUGUUUAAUGGGGAUUUGGAAACAUUCGUCAAGGACUCGGGACAGGUUAUUCCCCUCAUUGUGGAAAGCUGCAUUCGGUUCAUCAAUCUCUAUGGUCUUCAACAUCAGGGGAUUUUCAGAGUGUCUGGUUCCCAGGUGGAAGUCAAUGAUAUCAAAAAUUCAUUUGAGAGAGGUGAAAAUCCUUUGGCUGAUGACCAGAGUAACCAUGAUAUUAACUCAGUUGCUGGCGUUCUGAAGCUCUAUUUCCGUGGGCUGGAAAACCCCCUCUUUCCUAAGGAAAGAUUUAAUGAUCUGAUUUCUUGUAUCAGAAUAGAUAAUCUCUAUGAGAGGGCGCUUCACAUCCGCAAACUCCUCCUGACUUUGCCCAGGUCCAUCCUUAUAGUGAUGAGGUACCUCUUUGCCUUCCUCAAUCAUCUAUCACAGUACAGCGAUGAGAAUAUGAUGGACCCUUAUAACCUGGCCAUUUGCUUUGGCCCAACAUUGAUGCCUGUCCCAGAAAUACAGGAUCAAGUGUCUUGCCAGGCACAUGUGAAUGAAAUUAUUAAAACCAUCAUCAUACACCAUGAGACUAUUUUCCCAGAUGCUAAAGAGCUGGAUGGCCCUGUUUAUGAGAAAUGUAUGGCUGGAGAUGACUACUGCGACAGCCCAUACAGUGAGCAUGGUACAUUGGAGGAAGUGGACCAAGAUGCUGGUACAGAGCCCCACACAAGCGAAGAUGAAUGUGAGCCAAUAGAAGCAAUAGCCAAGUUUGACUAUGUUGGGCGGUCUGCCAGAGAACUAUCCUUCAAGAAGGGUGCCUCCCUGCUGCUGUAUCACCGCGCAUCUGAGGACUGGUGGGAAGGCAGGCACAACGGGAUUGAUGGGCUGGUGCCUCACCAGUAUAUAGUGGUGCAGGAUAUGGAUGAUACAUUUUCAGACACUCUGAGCCAAAAAGCCGACAGCGAGGCCAGCAGUGGGCCAGCCACAGAAGACAAGUCCUCAUCCAAGGACAUGAACUCCCCGACAGACCGUCAUCCUGACGGCUAUUUAGCCAGGCAAAGAAAAAGAGGAGAGCCGCCCCCUCCAGUAAGGCGCCCUGGCCGGACCAGCGAUAGCCAUUGCCCACUCCACCCUCCACAUGCCCUUUCCAACUCCUCAGUUGAGCUGGGGUCCCCGAGCCUGGCCAGUCAUCCCCGGGGCCUGCUACAGAACCGUGGCCUCAACAAUGACAGUCCUGAGCGGAGGCGCAGGCCUGGCCAUGGCAGCCUGACCAACAUCAGCCGGCACGACUCCCUUAAGAAGAACGACAGCCCUCCAAUUAGAAGGUCCACGUCAUCAGGGCAAUACACGGGCUUCAAUGACCAUAAGCCACUGGACCCAGAGACAAUUGCUCAGGAUAUUGAAGAAACGAUGAACACAGCUUUGAAUGAACUCCGAGAACUGGAGAGACAGAGCACAGCGAAGCAUGCCCCUGAUGUAGUGCUGGAUACCCUGGAACAAGUGAAAAACUCUCCCACCCCUGCCACCUCCACGGAAUCUCUCAGCCCUUUGCACAACGUUGCCCUCAGGAGCUCUGAGCCUCAGAUUCGACGUAGCACUAGCUCCUCCAGUGACACAAUGAGUACUUUCAAGCCUAUGGUGGCACCCAGAAUGGGUGUGCAGCUGAAGCCUCCAGCCCUUCGGCCAAAACCUGCUGUUCUUCCAAAAACAAAUCCUACCGUAGGACCUGCCCCACCUUCCCAGGGUCCAACAGACAAGUCUUGCACAAUGUAAAAACCAGCUGAGCAAGGCCAUGAAGGGAGGUGACUUAAAAAAGAAAACGAAUUGGUGACAGAAGUCACUGAUCCCUAACUUUCCUUAGUUUUGUGCUUAUAACUGGAGAUCUUUUGGCUUUUCUAUGUUGUCGAAUGUAAUGUCUGAGACUAGCUAAAUUAACACGGGCAUUUGUAUUUUGUAAUUUUUUAAAAUAACUGGACAUAUGUCAUUUUAAGGACAAUAGAAACACUUAGACUUACUUGAAAAUCCAAUGCUGCACCACUUGUAAUGAAGGCAACACCGCUCUCCACAUUGUACAGUGCUUCAGGUUUAGUGUAGCCCAGGUGAGUCAGAAAUGUUGGGACCUGAGGGCAGAAGAACCCGAAUUCCACACCUCAUUGGAGGAUAGCCAGUGUUGGUCUGUGACACUUGGGGUAAUGGCUGAAAGGUGAUAAUGGCAUUGUGUGGUAGCUGACAAUGAGCACCUUCGAUUCCAUGUGGAGCGGGAUUGAGCUCAUGCAGAAGACUUGCAGUUGUCUGCAUGGGACGAUCCCAGUGGGACUGUCAGCCCACAGCUCGAGUGGGUUGGAUGCUUGCCUCUUUCCUAACAGUCAUUUCCCCGGGUCCAGCUUAAAGACUCAGUGGAAGCGGGUAGAACCUCUGCUGUUACUGCACGAACUUAACCUGGGAAAGGAGGGGAAGACACCAUCUCCAAAACUAUUAAUGUCACUCCUGUUGCAAACAUGAUUAGGCCCCGGAGAUUUCCAAGUCCCUCCCCUACACUUAUGACUAAAAGGAUUUGAUUUUAAAGACUUUCAGUUACACUACUCCACAAACUCCUCCAAAGAUCUGUUGUUCAGUAACUGCCUAGAAAAUGUUUCUAUCUCCCCUAAAUCCCUGUGUUCUCCUCUGAGGAAAUGAAAGCAAGAAGUACCUGAGGCCUUGGUUCAUGCAGUGUUCUCUUUUGACUGAAUCACCUAGGUUCCUUUAAACAUGCUGCAAAUCCCGGGCGUGGUAGUACACCUGUAGUCCCAGCUACCCAGGUGGUUUACACAGGAGGACGGCUUUGAGCCUAGCAGUUUGAGUCCAGCCUGGGCAGCAUAGUGAGUCCCUGUGUCUUCAAAAAACAAAAGCUACGAAGGCCUGAUGAUCCUAAAUUUGAAAUCCCAACUGUCCUCUCCAUUUGUCUUUGAGCCAACCCCAAACUGGCUCUGCGUAAGAGCCACACAGGGCUCUCAGCAGGAGAUUACCUUGUGGUUCUCACGCAGUUGUGUACCUCAGAACCACGACUUCCCUUUCUUUCUCGUUUCCCUUUUGUUGUUUUGUUUUUUGUUUUUGUACGUGGUUUCUAUAUAACUCCUAUAAUCAACUGAACUCUCAGUUAGGGACCCUCUUUCUCUGGCAUCCUAGCAGACAAUUUUUUUAAGCCCAUAUUUACGCUAUAUUGUCCCCCAUUUUAAGAAAAUUUGCUUUGAAUUCCAUUCUCCUACCAGCAGCAGCUGAUGUCACCUGUAGACCUAUGAGCAUUUUAUCUACUCUAUCACUGAAGUUACUGAUAAAGGUUUUAGUUGUUGUUGUUG